CUAGUUUAUGAUUAUUUAUGCAUUCACAAAAGGGAAGAGACAGUAAGUUGGAUGAUUGAAAGAAAGUAAUUGGUGUGCGUCUUCUGAUUAACAAUUGGCGCCAUCCCAAGUUGCUUCUUUUCAUGGCCUAAUUAAAAAUUUAAAAAAGGAGGAGAAAAAUAGUCAUUAAUCUUUUCUUGGAAGGAAGCCCACGUAUUAUUUGACCUCGUAAUCUCCUAAAACUUCACCGUCAUGCUGUCCACUUGUCCCCAAACCCCAACCCCAACCCUUUUGUCUUAAUAUUACGGUUACCGAUUCUUGUUAUGACCAAACAACAUACGUUGAAUCUCUAAUUAAAUCAAUUUCAAGAAACCCUUUUUUUUUUGUGGGUUUUGAAGAAUAUUUGAUCAUUAUUAAUUUAUAAGCAUCAAUAUUCUUAUUCUCUUGAGCUUUGAUUACUUUCACACAAGCUUUGCGUUCCCGGUAAAGAAUUUUUUCAUCUGCUUGUUCUUUAAGAUGAUAUAUGACAUGUUUAGAGAUUCAAACAUGGUAUUGUGGAUUUAUUCGAACAAGAUUUGGGUCGUUUUAAUAAUAUUUACAUAUCUAAGUUGGAAUUCCGUCUGAACCAAAUCUUUUGGAUAGCAUUGAUUCCAUGAUCAUGAUCUAUCUCUUGGAUUGAAAGGCCUAAAGGGGUUAUUAUAGUUGUGGGUUCAGAUUCUUUUCUUGCACUCAAUUUCUUCCUUUAUUGUGUGAUUGAUUCAGACACCCCAACUCUCCUAUCUACCCCCUUCUCUCUUCAUGAUCAUGGAAUUUGAGUUUUCUCUGUUUUUGUUGGUUCAUAAUUUCAUAUGAUGGUGUUUUCCUUUUUGUUGGUUAGGCGACAAAAUACAAAAAUUGGCUGAGGCAAGCAAGGGAUCAAACCAUUGAAGGAUGGCGAUUAUGUUCACAAAUUUAGUAUUGAUGAUGGUGUUUUUGUUUUUGGGGAUCAGGGUUCAUGCAGGGGAUACAAAUCCAAUAUUUGACCCCUGUUCAGAUGCAAAAGUUCAGAGAUUUGAUGGUUUUUCGUUUGGUUUGGCAUUUUCUUCAAAAGAUUCCUUCUUUUUCAAUCAGACCCAACUUUCACCUUGUGACAAACGCCUCUCCCUCUCCGGCAAUAAUGCUCAAUUAGCCGUUUUCAGGCCAAAAGUUGAUGAGAUCUCUCUGCUCACCAUAAACAGCAGCACUUUAAAUCCAAGCAUGGCGGGUGGCUACAUGGUUGCAUUUGCCGGAAGGCAAUACGCAGCUCGAUCGAGCCCUGUUUUUGUAGCAGAUAGUGCAAACACCGUAACCAGCUUUACCCUGGUCCUUGAAUUCCAGAAAGGUACACUUCAAAAUCUGUUCUGGAAGAAGUUUGGGUGCGAUGGCUGUUCUGGAGAAAAUUUUGUUUGCCUGAACAACACUGAUUGUGCAAUUCCCAAUUCCAAGUGUAACGGCAAUGGAGGGUCGAUUGACUGCAACAUAGGCAUACAAUUGGCAUUUUCAGGCACGGACAAGAACGACAAUGUGUUCAAUUCGUGGUACGAGGUUUCAAAUCUUCGACAAUAUUCACUCUAUGGCCUCUAUUCAGGUCUUCGAGAUUCCAUCACCAGCCCAUUCAAAAAUCUGUUCUAGAAUUUCUAGAAUCAUACGACUGUGAUGAUACACGUUUAGUUAGGUUUACACUUUCUUCACAUGAGCUGGUGAAACAUAAAUGUAUACACAUGACACGAUGAUGAGCUGAGUAGUUUGCCCAAAUCGUCGUUGUUUGUGUUGUAUGUUACUUGAAUUUAUGGGGCAAUGCAAGAGUUGAUACAUUAUAACUUAUAAUUUAUAACUCCAACAUCAAUUCAUGCAAUUUUCAAUAAUAAAAUUCGGGAUGAACUGC